CGUAUAAUACUCAGUUCAAAAUAUAAAAAAUGGGUAUAUGAAGGAAAGGUUUCUUAGAAAUGCAGCAGCACAGCCAACCCUUUAAAAUCAAAUCAUUCCCAAUCCCAGUCAUCUACAUGUCCUGGAAAAACAGACCACCUGAAAAAAAAAAAUCUUAUAAUGGCUUCUUUUCUCACAUAUUCUCUCUUCACCCUCUACUUCAUCUUGUUCCCAUCAAUUUUCUCCAUUUCUCAAGGAGUUUUCUAUGAAGAAUUAGCCCAAGGUAUAGCUCUAAAGCAUGAAGAAAAGACGACGCACCUCCAUUUCUACUUCCAUGAUAUUGUUGGUGGAAAGAAUUCUACUGUUGUAAGAAUUGCUGGACCCCCAAAUAGCAGCAUUGGUAACUUUGGCAAUACAAUGAUGAUGGAUGAUCCAUUGACUGAAGGGCCUCAGAUUACUUCCAAGAUGAUUGGAAAAGCUCAGGGAUUAUAUGCCAUGGCUGCCCAGAAUGAUUUUUCGCUGUUAAUGGUUGUGAAUUAUGUGUUUACAGAGGGCAUCUAUAAUGGAAGCAGCAUUAGCAUUCUUGGGAGGAACCACAUCUUUGAUGAUAUAAGAGAGAUGCCAAUUGUUGGAGGCAGUGGGGCUUUUAGGCUUGCUCAUGGCUAUGCAUUGGCACAUACAGUUCAGAUUGAUAUGGAGACUGGGGAUGCUAUUGUUGAAUAUAAUGUCUAUGUAACACACUACUGAAAGAUUUCUGGUUGGAUACAGGACAUUGUUGUAAUCGUUGAUUGUGUUCUUUUGUUUUUAUCAGUUAGUUGUGCUUCUCCCAAUGUUAUUUGUACUCUUUAAAAUUCUCGAAUAGAUGAAAAUUUUCCUUUGA